GGGCACAGCUCCGGUAUGGGACGCGCUGGCCUGAGGGGAGAACGUGUGGGGACAAGAUGCCGAAAGAUUCAGGAUGAUGAGCAAGGAUAUGAUCUUGAUUUAUUCUGCAUUCCUAAACAUUACGCAGCUGAUCUGGAGAAAGUCUACAUUCCACAUGGUCUUAUAAUGGACAGGACUGAAAGGCUGGCUCGAGAUAUAAUGAAAGACAUGGGAGGUCACCACAUUGUAGCAUUGUGUGUACUGAAGGGUGGCUAUAAGUUCUUCGCUGAUCUACUUGACUACAUUAAAGCACUUAACCGCAACAGUGACAAGUCUAUCCCUAUGACAGUAGAUUUUAUCAGACUGAAAAGUUACUGUAAUGAUCAAUCAACGGGAGACAUAAAGGUUAUUGGAGGGGAUGACCUCUCCACCUUGACAGGCAAGAAUGUUUUGAUUGUUGAGGAUAUAAUUGAUACUGGAAAAACAAUGAAGACUUUGCUUGCUAUGCUCAAGAAGUACAACCCAAAAAUGGUUAAAGUAGCCAGCUUGCUUGUAAAAAGAACGCCACGAAGUGUGGGAUACAGGCCAGACUUUGUUGGAUUUGAGGUGCCAGACAAAUUUGUUGUUGGUUACGCAUUAGACUACAACGAGUACUUCAGAGACCUGAACCAUAUCUGUGUGAUAAGUGAAGAUGGUAAAGAAAAAUACAAAACAUAGACAGAACCUCUGGAAUUGUCUGUUUGCCAGCUUUUUACAGUAAAUAAUGGAUUUGCUGCCAUUCGCCCCCAGAAACCUGUUUGCUUUGUAUCUCAGACCCCUUCCUGCAUGAAAGAAAUUACAGCUUUCUCCAGAAGUUUGGCUAUAGAUUUCUAUACAUUGUUUUUUUAAGUUUCACAUAUUGUAUUUCGAGACAACAUAAAUGUUGUAUCAGAAUUUAGCAUGUUAAUGACCUUCAAAGUAGAAGCCCGCAGGACACCGCAGCACAUUACAUUAAUGGUCCUUUAAAAAGGCUGGGUCAAAUUUAAUAUCUGGGGACUUGUAAAGGAAUGUUUAGUUAUGCAAAAAAAAAAAAAAAAAACAGCAUUACAAAAUGAUUUAGCUAGUAGCUAGGCUACUGCCUGUCUGUGUGAUGGCCACGUUGUAAUAUAACUUUUUUUUUUCUGCUAGUUUUGUAUUAAAUUUGUAUUAGAAUCCAAAAAUUUAAAUUGGCUUCAUUAGUGAAUAACAUGGGGUUUAAAUAGAUUUUACAUGUUUUAUUUCAACGGAAUUCUGAUGUUCAUUGCAGAAAAAUAUUCCAUUACAAGUCCUAUGCCUAUGUGGUUAAAGUGGGCUCUAAUACUUGAAUACUCCCGGGGGGAAUCUUACUGAUUGCUCUCUGCCAGUACACUGUUCUGAUAUAGAGUAUAUGAUUGGAACUUCCUGUAGGCUUCUAUUUUUUUAAAUGUGCAUAAUUUAUUUUUUUAUAUAUAUAUAAAUAAAUGAUUUUUAGUUCUGGUGUCUAGCUGCCCUUAGUGAUAAAGGUUUAGGGAAGCAACUUGAUUAAGACUUUAUUGCCUAUUUCUUGUUAUUAAAUAGUAGGAAUUCUUUAAAACACC